AUGGAUUCAGACUUUUGGACCUCUCGCCUGGCCGACGCCAAGAGGCAAUUCACGUUGAACCACCACCACCAAAGCCAUAAUCAUCGCAACCAUCACAACUCUCAAUUGGAUCGGUUGAAUAUCGAUGAUUUCGAGGUUGAAGAAGAGGUCCGACCCGAUUUUCCAUGCCCAUAUUGUUACGAGGACUUUGAUAUUGUCUCUCUGUGCUCGCAUCUCGAAGAUGAACACUCGUGCGAGUCCAAAGUCACCGUUUGUCCCAUUUGCUCUGUUAAAGUUGCAAGUGACAUGUUAAGUCAUAUCACUCUGCAACAUGGGCACUUAUUCAAGAUAUCCUUUGAAAUGGAAAAUCAUUUCAUUCAUUUGUUUGACUUCUGA